GUUGUUAUUUCUAGUUGUCACUUUCACAGCAUGACUUUCUGUUUCACAUUUCUGUUUCACAUUACUUUAUGAUUUCUGUGUAGAAGGGGGACUUCGAAUUGCAGAGGAAGUGGAGUAAACUUACCAUAGACUGGGUAGAAAAACAUACUUUUCGACUUCAACGGAUUCUGCCUGCUCAUCACAAGACGGCGGGGCAUGUGAUUUUGAUUAAGUAAUCUAGCUAACGUUAGCUAGCCUCGGGCUGUACUUUAGUUCACUAGCCGCGAUAGAGACAGUAAUACCACAUAUUUGGUAACAAGCCCCGCACAGGGACAAUGUAGUUAGCUUGGUGUAUACAUCGUUUUUCUCGACGUAAUUUACGAAAACAAGCAAAGAUGGUUCACGUAUACAACUGCCACCCUUUCGCGUCCCAGCAAAUCGUGCCAACCGAGCAGGAACCGGGGUUGGUGUGCUGCGGCGGGGGUGCCCUAUUCGUGGUGUCCGCUGGAGGAUGCAAGAUCGAGGCUUUUCAACUGGGUGAAGAUGGGUGUCCUCUCAUCUGUCGCUUCGCCACUAUGGGGACUGUGCAGAGCAUCCUACACAGUGAGAUAGGGGACUACCUGGUGACCAUCGAGGAGAAGAACAACGCCCCCUACCUCCGCGCCUACACCAACUGGCGCUACCAGGCGGCUGAGAAGACACGCGUUGGCGUGCGUCUGCUCGGUCAUUUCCUGCGCGGCUCGUCCAUGCGCGGGGCUCCCAAGGAGCAGAUGGAGAUCAUUGAGAUUCCACUGUUUGAGCGUCCGCUGUGUGUGGCGUGCUGUGGGGUGACUGGAGACCUGCUGGUGGGGUGUCCUAAGAGCCUGGUGCUGUUCAGUCUAAAGAGACAGGCCCUCAACGACAAGCUCUCCAUCCUAGACUUUGAGCGCUGUCUGAUCAUCCACCUCCCGGGACUGUCUCCCCAACAGGUGGCGAUCUGUGCAGGGUACAUUGCCCUGCAGACAGAGCUGGAGGUGCUGGUGGUCAAACUGGAGAGACUUCCUGGUGCUGCUUUUACCCAGAAGUCAGCUGACAAGAAGCCCCAGGACCACAGUCUGGUCCCCCAAGAUAUGAUCACUGGAGCAGAACACGACAACGAGACGGAGGUGAGGAGAGAGGGUCUGGCUGGUCACCGUGACCAGGAUGACUUCUUCAUUUUCCCCAAGCACCAAGAGCUCCUGGGGGACAGGGCUAAGGACUGUGGGGUCAAGGUCUCUCUGGAGUGGACAGGCAUGGAGAGUGAGGCCAGGGGCAACCUCAUCAUCACCUAUAUCUUAUACAGGCGUUUUGCUCCAGACUUCUUCCAGGACUGCAGUGUUGAGGAGACCCGCCUGCACUCCCUGCAGUUUCACCCUGUGUUCACCAGUAACCAGGAAGUAUGUGUGGAGGGGGGCAGAGGGGUGGAGCCGACGUGUUUGUUCUGUUUCUUCUCGCUGCCCAAGACGGGCUAUUUGUACAGCGUGAGGGGCGGGGUUCAGAUGGUCUCAGCCUAUCAGUAUCCAGAGAAGGCCCAGCAGGCCGUCCUCACUGACCUCUUCCUCCACAUCAUCACAAAGAAUGCUCUCCAGUGCUUCUCAGUGAGGUGUGCAGCAGUGGCAGCCAGAGCUGAGGACCCUUACAUCGAUACCACCAUGAAGGCCUGUCCUCCCAUCACCAUGGAGUUGUGUGCUCUGCGUAUUCAGCUGUUCAUUGGUCUGAAGGCUCUGUGUCACUACCGACACCACAUCGUCCUGCUGACCACUGCAGAUGUGGAGACCAGAGAGGACACAGAGAGGACCGCGCGCAGAGUCAUAGAAUACAAAGAUCACACAACCCUUAGGGGGAUUUUCCUAGCAGUAGGUAUAGAGCCUUCCACCACGCCGGCUCUGGAGCGUUUUCUGGCUCACUCCUUCCUAGACCCCCCCCGCAUGACCAGUAGAGACCCCCCCCGCAUGACCAGUAGAGACCCCCCCCGCAUGACCAGUAGAGACCCCCCCCGCAUGACCAGUAGAGACCCCCCCCGCAUGACCAGUAGAGACCCCCCCCGCAUGACCAGUAGAGACCCCCCCCGCAUGACCAGUAGAGACCCCCCCCGCAUGACCAGUAGAGACCCCCCCCGCAUGACCACAUCCCUUCCACUGACGUGUAGGUUUGACAAGCGGGACUGCCACCUGGCCCUGCCCUACUAUAAGAUGUCAGGCCUGUCUCUGACAGAGGUGAUCUCCAGGAACAGGGGUCUGUCUAACAGCCUCUGUGGCUACGGGAAGGGCUUCCUCUUCUUCCUCAAACACUCCCUCUAUGAGGAGACCCUGGAGCUGCUCACUGAGGAGACGGCCAACGAGGUGCUGGAUAUCUUCGGUGUGGCCGAGCCGUCCCAGCUUCCCCAUGUUAUAGCCAGCCCUUCCAUGGCCAGAGCCAGCCCUGACUGUGGCCUGGCCCACCUAGAGCGGCUGGAGUCCAUCGGAGCCCCCUCCGUACCCCUCACCCUGUCCAAGGCUGCCCUGGCCCUGCGCAUGGCAGACCUCCAGCUCUACAGGCAACACAUGGACCGACACACAGAGAUGCUGCAGGUGUAUGGGUUCAUUGAGGAAGCCAAGCUGCUGCUGCACGGCAGAGGGGAUGCGGUGGUACCUACUCUCCUCGCUCGCCACCUCAAGGACAACCAGGACGGCCUGCUGGUGGCAGCCAUGGUGGCGCUGCACGAGAACGACAAGGUCAAACUGGACGAGGCUGACCUCUUCUUCCAGGAGCUGUGUGGGGAUGUGUCAGGGCCCCAGGGAGGCCCUCAGCUGCUGGUUGACUUCUGGGAAGCCUUGCUGAUGGCCUCGUCACAGGAAGCUGUCAUCCAGGAGCUGCUGUUCCGCCUCACCACUGUCUACAUCGAUCGCGUCACACGCCGAGACGGCCGCGGAUUCAAACCGCUCAAGAGCGCUGACGACCUGAUCAACUGGUGUUCCCAUUACGGCGUGUUGUAUCCCUGGGUCAGCAUCCUGACUCCAGCUCACGUCAACAUCAUUCCAGAAGACCUCCUCAAACUACAGUCCCUGCUGUGCGGUCCCACCCUGGACGCGUCAUCCAUCCUGCCCCUGUUGGAGCAGCUGCCAGACGGGGACAACGCCGGGCUCAGUGUGCACGUGCUCUGUGCCACCAAGCUGGGUCACUACGAGAGCUCCAUCGAGAGGUUGCUAGACCGCUGUCCUCAGGCCAUCAUCCCUUAUGCUAAUCAUGAGCUGCAGAACACCAACAUGGCUCUGUGGUGGCAGAAGCUGUUCCCUGAGCUGUGUGAGAGAACCAGGGCAACACAGGGAGAGGACAGCAUCCUGCUGGCUGCUCUCAAAGAAACGCUGGUGGUGGUUGCCAUGGAGCUGAACCCCCUGGAGUUCCUGGACCUGUUGCCUGACGACGGGACGGUCCACUUCUUCCUGCCUCACCUGCUGGAGUGCAGCCAGAGAAACCUCACGAUGUGAGGAGGAGGAGGAGCCGUAGAAUUACAACUAGUAGAACAGACAUACAGUAGCUCUAAAAGCCAAUGUUUUAUUUCAUGGUCCAUCCAAUAUGGCAGAUUAGUUGAAUUUGACAUUUCUGCCUAAGUGGAACAGGUUAGUUAGUGUCCAUUUUAAGCAUACAUUCCAAAUGGUACGCCCAGUACAGCAACUGAUGCAACGUACCGUUGGUUUGAAUGGAAAUGUCCCUUCUACUGAUUCUAUUUCUAUGGAGGAUCCUAAACCUGGAAGGCGCUGGACAAUCAACCACUUAGAGUGGAGUGAGCCUCUGAAAACCCUACUACUGCAGAGCCUUGUGGAAAUGGUACCCAUACAAAACCACCGUUUGUUGUCCUAUUAGUCAAAUUUAAUAUGAACAGAGAAUUUUGCUGUGCAGAGAUAUGACACUAUUUUUGAUUUUUAAUAAGGAAAUCCUGAAUAAUUUUUAAAAACUUUUCUUUUUUUUUCUCUGACCUCAAUUUUUCUAUUACUGUUUUAGUAUUGUCACGUCGCUAGUCAUACCCUGCAGUGUUACAAGUCCUCUUCUGUGUGGACUUGUGGAUACCCCUGAGACCAUUAUUACUGAGUAUUAGGAACAGGAUGUUGAGUUAUACACUGGGCUAGUCUUUCUGGUGUUCAUUGGAAGAAGAGAUAAGGAAAGGUGGUUGAAUAACGUGGAAGGGAGUUUCUCUGAGAGGUGUAACCUCACUACUGUGAAACCCCCCGUAUAUCAUCUAUUCCCAGUGUUUGUUUAGCUUUUAUCAGUUACAUUUUUUUGUUUUGGUUCGCUGCGUUUAAUAAAUGCUCUCUAAAAACA